AUGGCAGCUUCUCUAUCAUCAUCAGUAUCCUCUUUACAAUCCUCCCUACGGUUGCUAGACUCUUCGAUCCAGAUUCUUGAUGAGGGAGUCAAUGACUUUCCUCGCUUCUGCAAAGUCCUCCAGACCACACGACACUUUGAGCUCCUCCCUGAACCAACUCUCCGUGAAGCCCAAAAAGCCAUCCUCGACGAAAUAAACCCAAGUAUCGUUCACCUCCUCUCCCUCGCCUCUAACCAUAUCGACAAGCUAGAACGGCGCGAACAAUCACUCAAAGCAAAAUGCGCGUUGCAACAAGGCAGAUUAUCUCACGGUGAUGAUGGUGGCGUUGAUUAUGGGCGAUCUUCCCGGCGGAAUAAUAACUCUCAUGAGACGCUAAGGCCCUUGUCUCAUGGACGAUCUGAGGCGGAGACAGCUGCAACGGGACAAGCGGCGGAGUUGCGCAGAUUAGUGCAGAAGAAGGAACGCUUGAAGUAUGCUGUUGAGAGGCUGGAGUUGCAGUCGAAGCAGAGAGAAAGGCAGCUAAGAAAGAGUAUGGCGGCGCAGUGA